AUGCCCUUGCGCCGCCGUGCCGGCCGCGCCAUCGCCGCCGCGCCAGGCGGCUUCCUCCACCUCUCCCUGCUCGCCUCCCUCCGCCGACGCCCCUCGCUCCAGGCGCACGCACAGCUCCUGCUCCUGGGCCUCCCGCUGCCCCCCGCCGCGGCCUCCCUCCUCCUCCGCCCGCACCUCCGCGCCGGCCACCCGCUCGCCUCGCUCCGCCUCUUCCUCCGCAUGCUCCGCGACAACCAGCCCGCCGCGACCUGCGCCACCGCUUCCCAGGAGAAGGAGGGGGCCGUCCCCGACUCCCGCUCCCUCUCCGCGGCUCUCGCGGCCUGCUCCCGCCUCGAGUCCCCUUCCGCCGGCUUCUGCACCCACGCCUUCGUCCUCAAGUCGGGAUUCGCCUCCGACGUCUUCGUCGCGAACUCGCUCCUCCAUGUCUAUGCCUCGUUCGGUCUCCACGCCCUCGCGUGCAAGCUGUUCGACGAAAUGCCGGCGAGGGACACCGUGUCGUUCAACACGCUGAUCGGUUCUUACGUGCAGUCGGGAUGCGUUGAACGCGCGUUGGGGGUGUUCAGGAACAUGGUGGAGGGAGGGUUCCGGCUGGACGAGUGGACGAUCACGGCGUUGCUGGGCGCCUGUGCUGGGCUAGGUGAUUUGAUGGUGGCCAAAGCUGCGCAUGGGUUUGGCAGCAGGGCAUUGAGGCAUACAUUGUUCGACUCUGCAGAGGUGGUAAUUGGGUUAGUGGACAUGUAUGUUAAGUGCGGCGCAGUGCAGCUCGCCAGGAAGGUGUUUAAUUUGUCUGGGGAGAAGGCGAAGGACGCAAGGGUUUGGAGUGUGAUGGUGUCAGGGUAUGCAAGGGCUGGUGAUAUCAACAUGGCUCGGAAGUUGUUUGAUGAGUUGCCCAAUAAGGAUUUGGUUGCAUGGACAGUUUUGAUUGGUGGAUAUGUGCAGGCAGGUAGAUACAAGGAGGCACUUCUGUUGUUUGAGGAGAUGGAAGCGACAGGACUUGAGGCUGAUGAGGUGAUGGUCGUCACCGUGCUUUCAGCUUGUGUCCAGCAUGGUGCUAUUGGUCUAGCAAAGAGGCUCCAUCGUCGUGUGAACCAGAAUGGAUUGGUUAGCCGAAAUGCGAGAGUUGCCACCAGCUUCGUGCACAUAUAUGCAAAGCAUGGGUGCAUACAGACAGCUGUGGAUGUGUUUCGUGGAGUCGCUGAUGAAUUCAAGACUGUGGAGUUGUUUAAUGCUAUGAUACAUGGACUCGCUCACCAUGGUCAUGGUGAGAAAGCUAUCUCACUUUUUGAUGAAAUGGAAACCCUGGGGCUCCAACCUGAUGACAUCACAUUUGUGGGAGUCCCAAAGCAUGCAGUCGCAGUAACUUGGUUGAACAAGGGUCACGGUGUCAAACCAAAUGUCAAGCAUCACACUUGCAUGGCUGAUCUCCUUGGAAGAGCUGGACGGAUCGACGACGCUUACAGCUUUAUCCAGAAUAUGCCUUUUCAAGCAAAUCUUGUGGUAUGGUCAUCUCUUCUGACAGCAUGCAAGAUCCAUGGAAAUAACAAGAUUAAGAAUCUUGUAGAGAGGCAAAUUCUCAGGUUAGAUGCUACAUACAAGCCUGAAAAGCUAACCUUAUCUGGCUUAUUUUCUGAUAAGAAGAGGAAAGAGCUAUCUGCGAGGGAUGCUUUGGGAGAAGACUGCUUGGAAUAUCAAGAGACAGCUGCUCCAGCAUUUCCCUUGAUAAACCCAGUUCCUGAAACCCCAACAGCAGUCACGAACAAUUGGGGUGGUGACUCGAUACUUGCUUGUGCCCCUCCUUUGGCUAGUUGUAUGGGCUUAGAGGAUCCGGUUGAGGGACAAUGCAAGGCUGGUGGUGGCUCAAAGACUUACGUUCUGAAGCUGGACAUGCACUGCCAAUGCAACGGCUGUGUGAAGAAGAUCAAGGACGGGGUGAAGGAGAUCAGCAUUUCAGAAGCUACAGGGGUGGAGCGAGCUGAUGUUUCAGCAGAGACGGGAGAGGUGAAGGUGAGAGUGACGGGUGGAGUGGACAUGGACCCAGAGAAGCUCUGCUGCCUGCUGCAAGAGGCAACGAAGAAGAAGUGUGUGAGGAUAGUACUCGAAGAGAGCGUCCCAUCGCCAGGAUCAGGCCGCAUUGCAAGGCCUGGGCAAACCAAGAACACCUCUGUGUCUGGUCAGGUGCCGUCGGACUGGGUGGCUUCGGAUUCUGCUGGGUGGUGGCGACACGACACGAGCACCUUCCCCGCAACCGCCCCGAGCGCCCCGCCCCUGCCGGUGCCGGAGGAGGAGGAGGAGGAUGCAUGGAGCGAGACGACGGUGCCUUCGGAACGGUGCCGGUACCGAUGGGCGGCGCCUGGUAGCACGCUCGGCGUGUGGGCUGCGUCAGAGAUCACAGGGACAUUGGCCAUGUACGAGCUGUGA